AUGUGCCUCCCCCGCCCCGCCCCGGAGCGCGCGGGGCAGGCACCGGCCCGACCCACCCCCCUGCCCCGCGGCGGCGGCUGCGACAAUGGGCACGGCGGCCCCGGGCCCGCUCUUAAAAGGGCAACAGGGGCUGGGGCUGGGCGAGCGCUGCCCGCUGCCUCUUCCCGCCGCGGAGCCGCGGCGGGCACUGCCCGGGGAUACCGGAGGAUACCGCCGGCGCUGCCCGCAAUUGUGCGGGGCCGUGGCAGGAGAGCAGCCAUUGUGGAGCCCCAGGAGGUGCUGGGACCCCUCAGAAUGAGCCACAUGGCAUUCACUGCCCUUCUGCUGCUGCUGCUGCUGGGAACAGGUACAUGUGGCAUGUCCACCACUGAGACUGACACAACUACCACAGAAACAACCACCACUGACAUGACCACCACAGAGACGACUGCUGAGACAACUGCCAUGCCCAUGACCUCCAUUCACGUCAUGAUCUCCAAAAACACAAGCAGCAACGGAACUCCAACUUCCGUCCCCUCCCAUGCCACAGUCUUCCCUGCGACAGGCAACACCACAAACUUCCAGCCCAGCAACAGCUCUGCAGGCAAUACCACAGCAAACAGCACCACUGUGCCCAUGCCCAGCAGCACUGUCAUCUAUCCCAAUGCCUCCACAAACAGCAGCAUCUGGAUCACCCCCAGCAUGAGCAAUAGCAGCUCCACGGUUCCCACCUCCUCCAUGGGUGGUGGCACAGGGAUCCCCACCUCCAGCAGCAAAGGCAAUGGGAGCAGCAGCACUCAGGUCAGCCCCACACAGAUGGGCAGCACAGCUCCCAGGCAGACCCCCACAGCAGUGCUGGGCAGCAGCCAUGCUCCCAACCCCAGCAAAACCGCAGCCUUGCUCCCCGCUGCUGUCCAGCUGCUCCUCCGUGUCCCGCUGUCCUUCCGCAUCCUCAACAGGAGCUUCAACGAGAGCCUGCGCGACCCCACAUCAAGGGACUACAGGAGCCUGAGCCACACCAUCCUAACCAUGUAUGAACACGUCUUUGGCUGCACAAGCUGCCUGGGCUGGCAGACCUACAAGGGAUGCAGCGAGCUCCGUUUCAGCCAAGGCUCAGUGGAGGUGCAGUCCAUCCUCGUCUUCGGGCACGGCAAUGGCACCAUCACCAGUGAUGCUGCUGAGCAGCAGCUGAGGAAAAGCCUGGACCAGAACGGCUUCAUCAUGGACCUGCAGCUGGCCAGCAUCCAGAGCUCUGUAGAGGUGACAUCCCCAGCACCGGUGCCUGUGGUCCCAGACUGGGCCAUUGCUCUGCUGGUCCUGGUGUGCAUCUUGCUGCUGCUGAGCAUCCUCAACUGUUUUCUGAUGACCACCUGUACCUGUCGGCGAAAAAGCCGAGGGAAGCUGGACCUGCUCAGCACCAAGGACUCCUACCACCCCAUGGCUGAGUAUGCCCCAUACCAGAGCCAUGGGCGCUACGUGUCCCCCAGCAGCAAGCCCAACCCCUACAGCCAGGUGGCUGGCAGCAAUGGGGGGGGCACCGGCACCUUCACCUACACCAACCCCACCGCUGGCUCUGACAACCUCUGAGGGACUCGCUGGGAUGGAGGGCGGCCACUGAGGGGAGGGGGUGGCCGCAGCCCCCCGGUCCCGGGGGACCAGCACCAGCCCUGGGCACAUCCCCAGGUGCUCUUGGCUCCUCACUGUGGGCAGCAGGAGCUGGAUGGUUCUGGAGCAGCCGGAUUUGUGCGCAUGACAGAACAGGAUGAACAAAGAUUUGGGGGGGGCAGGAGGGUCCCCUGCAGCCCCCGGCCACCACACUCGCUUGGCUUUGCAAACCCUGCUCCAUGCCGUGGGAAGGGGGUCUGGGCUCAUGCCUGCCCUGCAUUUGCCCCUGGGGAUCUAAUAGCUCUUUUUGUGGUGUUAUUUUAUAUAAAUAUAUAUAUGGGGGUGUGGGCACUGGGCGCGGCAGGGCGGGGAGGCGGUUGGCAGGGGCCUGGGCCAGGGUCUGUUUGUUGCAUUUCACAAUAAAAGGAUGGGUGCAGCUGGA